AUGUCUGCCCAAAACUCAGCGGGCAUUCAGACCCUGCUGGACGCAGAAAAGGAGGCCCAGAAGAUUGUCCAGAAAGCCAGAGAAUAUCGAACAAAGCGGGUAAAGGACGCCAAAGCAGAAGCUCAGAAGGAGAUCGAGGAGUACCGGAAAAAGAAAGAGGAGGAGUUCAAGAAGUUCGAGGCCGAGCAAUCGAGCGGGAACAAAAAGGCCGAAGACGAUGCCAACAAGGACGCCGACGCCAAAGUCAAGGAGAUCGACCAGGCAGGCAAGAAGGCCGGAGCGAAAGUCGUCGAGGACUUGAUUAAGACGGUCCUGACCCCUCAUCCCGAAGUGCCGGAUAAGAUCUCGAGGGAGGACUGA